AUGUCAAAACUGUGCGGUUUGAACGUAGUUCAGGUACGAGAAGAACUACAGAAACGAAGCCUUGUCACAAGUGGCAACAAAGAAGUACUAGUAGCACGUCUGAGAGAAGCUCUCAUUGACGAAGGUAAGAACCCAGACGAAUUCAAGUUAAAACAGAUCAAAGAACAGUCCGAACGACAGUCCGAACGACAGACAGAAGAGUUAAAACAACAGAUCAAGGAACAGUCCGAACAGAUCAAGGAACAGUCCGAACGACAGACAGAGGAGUUGAAACAGAUCAAGGACCAGCUAAAACACGAGGUUCAGCAGCAGAGGUUCUUCAGACGAUUCCGGCAGAGAACCACUUCAACUAUGAAGUUCUGGUUAACGCGUUGGACUUACGUUAUGGUGAAGAGUGCGUAA